UGCCCUCCACCACCUGCACAGGGGCAGAUGCUGCAGCCCCAGGUACAAAAUGCCCCCAUUCAGCUCAGCCUUAGCACGUAAGUCCAGCCUUAACAAACCUGAAGCUGAUUGUCGAUCUUGCUGAAAAACUACCUGAUGGAAAAAUCCUGUUUGAGUCGAUUGCUGGAGUUUUCUCCCCAUUCAACACCUGUUAAUGUCCUAUUUAUAGAGCUCCAGCAGCAGCCCUUACAUAACCAUUGAGACAGAGGAAUAUUUUUUUUCCCCUCCUUCCAUUUCCUCCAACCAGGUUUGUCUUCUUACCUCCCAGUUCCCUUUCAGAGUUUCCAGGAGGCAUUCCUUUGUUUUCCCCACCAUUCAAUGCCCUAGACUUUUUCCAUAAAGCAUGCUAUCUCCUUUUAAUCCGGUUUUUACAAGUAAUUACUGUCGUGAAAGCACGCAAAGAGCUUGUAGCAUGCUUUGGUGUUGGAUGUGUUCACUACAUCCCUCCCUGCAGAGCUCUUUUGCUCUUGCUAAGCUGUGUGUCAUUUGAAGUAGAUCUGGGCUGUCUCUUGGUUAAACAGAAGAGCAUACACCUUGACUUACGUGCUGCUUUUGUCACGUUCUUCUUUUGCACCUACUUGUAGAAAAGGUUUUAAGCUUUUGUCACCUUUUUUACUCUGGAGAGUACAGGGAAGUGAUUAUGAAAGGUAAGCAGGCAGCUAGCGGGAGCUGGUGCCAGGGUUGUGCUGCUCUGUUUGCUUUCUCAAGCGGACUAUUUCUAUCUAGGGUUUCUCAAUAGGGGCAUUUCUCAAGCAGUGUCUACAAAAGAGUCUCGUUGAUGGCUUAACAGCUCAAAAAAAAAAAAAAAAAAAAAAAGCUGUUCAUGUUUUUGCUGCCUGGUGAUGGGUAAGGACUCUUUAAACUUCUAAAAUUUUGUGUUGGAUAAGGGAAAGGAAGGAGCUAUUUUUUGGUGUUUGUAAGCUUUAGAAAGAUCAAAAAUGUCAAAUAUAGGCGGUGUGUGGUUUGUUCUUCGUUGGAAAUCUUCCUGUCCACAUUUAAAUUUCUUUGUUUUCAUCAGGCUCUUGGGGUUAAGUGGAUAGAAACAGUUUGGAAACCUAGAUAUAUCUUUGCUUCUUGCAUGCUCAGCAUUUAUGCUCUGUCUUAAGCUAUAAUUUUCCCAGUGUACCAGUCACAGUAGAGGUGUUUUUUUCAUAUGGAGAGGUUCAGAGUUUCUAAUAUAUAUUUAAAAAAAAAUGCAACAGAAAACCCUAAUAUCCUGAAUCCCUUUGUGUCAUGUGGGGGAACAAGCCUGAAGCCAAAUUGGAACCUGGGCUGCAUCUGCAGGGGCAUUACUAGCAGAGAAAGAGAGAGAUGGGAUCAUCCUGUUCUACUCAGUGCUGUGUCCAGUUCUGGUCCCCACAAGUCAAGAAGGACGUGGACAGACGGGAGAUGGUCCAAAGGAGAUGGUCAGAGUGCUGGAGAACCUGCCCUAUGUGGAAAGGCUGAAGGAGUCAGGUGUCUUCUCCCUGGAGAAGAGAAGGCUCAGGUGGAACCUCAUCAUGGUUUUCCAGUACUUAAAGGGCAGCUGCAAAGAGGACGGAGGGUCUGUCUUCACAAGGAGCCAUGUGGAGAAGACAAGGGGCAGUGGGUACAAGUUGCACUGGGAGAGGGUUCAUCUCAAUGUAAGAAAGACAUUUUUUACAGUAACAGCAAUAAUUCGCUGGAACAACAUCCCCAGGGAUGUGGUAGAGUCCCUGUUGCUGGAGAGUUUCAAGAUGUGACUGGACAAGGUGCUGAAUAAUCUCAUGUUGGCUCCCUUUCCCACGAGAGGUUGGACCAGACGAUCUUUCCCGAUCCCUUCCAACCUGGCCUGUUCUAUCGUUCUCAUUUUCCAGAAUUCCUUUCUUUAUUUUCCUUUUACAUUUUUUAAAAAAACAAAACAACCCAAGGAACACUCAGUUUUAGUGGUGUAAAAUCUGUAAUAUAGAAUUUCUGGGGCAUAUGUUUCCUCUUUUGCUCUGGUUUCUCAGUAAGGACAGUCCACUCAGAAGGACUCCUUAUUUUAUUCUCUGCUCUGGGAUGCUAUCUCAUGUAUUACAAUCCUGUUCCUAUUUUACUAAUCAUGGGAAAUACUGACAAUCAAUUGCACACUUGUAGAAAUGUUCGAAAUACGUGAUUGCUACAAAAAGGUUUGAAAACAAAAGCCUCUGAGAAGCAGGAUGAAGAAGCAGACCCAUUCUGGACAUCAAUCCAAACCCGAAAGCUCUCACAGCUGGAUGUGAGAAUGAUCAUUCUCUUAGAAAUGCUUCUUUAGAGACUUCAAAUAUUUGAAAGGGUCUUGGCUGGUGGCCUGUAGGUUGUGUUUGGCAUCCUUGGCUGGAUCCUCUGGCCUCUCCCAGCUGCCCUUGACCCUGGGCAGAGUCAUCGCUCAGGUGUCGGGGACCCAGGCACUGCUGCUUUCUCUCUUGGGUAUUUUUUGGGCACGGGCAGCCUGCCACAAAAAGGAGCUAUGUGAUCUGAGGAGGCUUAACGCAGCUGGAUGAACAAACAGGUUUUAAACCUUGUUCUCGGCGACAUGUUCACAUCCUGCUUAUCCAAACAUUUGUAAGGGACUCUAAUUACAUGAGUUACAAACUUAUUUUGUCUGGCUGGUAUGAAAAAGAUGAAGCUUUGAAGACUGGAGUCAAAGUCAAUAUUGACUUGUCUUGUUCUCUCUCCCAAGAGCCAGCAGUGCUUUGGCUUCAGCCUUUGACCUAAAUGUCCUUCAGUCUUGCAGAAAUCAUAAAUGGAAAGGGAGAUACUGAAACGUGCUAUUCUGGAUGUUGGAAAAACUAGGUAGGAGAGAAAAUCAUACUGAUACCCUCUUUAGAAAACCUUAAGAAGCAGUAAAGAGGAUGUGUACACACACCUUAGCUAUUCACCACUGGUAUGUUACUUUGGAAAGAUGAGAACCAAAAGCCACACUAUAUUCGUUAGCUUUACAUUCUGUAGUUAUUUAGUUUAUAUUUCCAAAAAUAGUGCUUGAAAUACAAGUUAUAUUGCUAGUAGUAACACUAAUAAUAUUGUGGCCUAAUAUAAGCCUCGCACUGGGAUUAGUAGGAUUGAAGAUCACAGAUUGAUGGAAAAAGCCAGCAUAUUGGGGCAGGUCUUGCAAGCGGAAGACCCUACACCUUGAUUACAGGACAAAGUCCAUGCGGUUGCAGCUCAGUGCCUGUGGCGUUCCUUUUCCUCUUAGCCUGACAGGAAGAACUUUAAGAAACUCAGAAUGAGGAGGCGCAGACAAUAGGCAGCAGAACUGCCUAAACUUCGUGGAAGCAGAAGGAAGCAAAACUCUUGAGGCCAAAGCAUCUUGCCGUAGGAGCCAGAGGGUAUAAAAGACCUGUCCAAAACUAGUCUGUCCUUCUAAAUGAAGAACAACCCAGGAAUUGUAGUGAGGACUUGGCAGCUGUUGUCCUUUCACCCUCUGUGCUGUAUGUAAGUGAUCCUGGCCGGUUUACUUGGAUAUGCUUGGUUCUUGUGGGUUUGAGUGGCCAGAACCACCUUAUGUAAAUAUUUUGUAAAAUAAAAUCACCCUCCCCUUUCCUAAGAUUUCACAGGGUUUUGUUGCACUAACUUCUUGCACCUUUUACUUUGCAAAUGACCCUCCAGUGGAUGUCAUGAUUAAAAUAGGUUGAGAAAAAAGGGAGCUUAUAAAGGGUGGUGCUGGGCUUGCUGCUCUGGGAGGAGUUUGAGGCUACGCCUGGAUAUCUGUUGGUUAUGCUCCAGGAAUAAAUAAAACUGUGCUUUCUUGAGGUGGUCUGGAGGAGAGGGAAAGAAGGGCUUGAUUUAAAAUACUUUAGCAUAGUCUUCAAAUCCUGAUUUGAGCCACACAUGAAAUGAAGAGGAUUCAUGGCUGUACCUGCAAUUAGUUUUCAUCAGUAAAUAUCAAAAUAGGAAAUAGUCCUGUAGUUCUAGGAGGAACAUCUCUCUAGAUGCGAGUCUUUAACCAGAAUGAAAAUUCAGUAUAUUAAAACCACCAGUGCUUUGAUUGCAGCUCAGGAAUCUGGUUUUUUGUGCUAGCAAUCUAUUUUGGCUGAGUUUUCCUAUUGUAGCCUGGCAGAAUGUGAUCCUUGCUUUUAUUUCCCUGCCAGCUCCAAAUGUUAAACUGGACGAGGUCCUCAACAUUGUUCUGUUUCAGGUUACCUGAUGUGCACGGCAAGUUCUAAUCCAUCAAAUUACACAAGAAAAAUGAUACUGCUUUGUUCAACGAAUGAACUGGGAGCUUGCACAGCGUUAGGUAGUGAGUGCUACAACGAAAGCUUGAGUCCAGAUGCUUUCUGUCUAUGCCAUGGGACGGCUGCCUUCCCUUGCUCUGUCUUGUAUAAUAUUGCUCAAGGAACUACAGGUAGAGCAGCAUUUAAUCUUUACUUUUGCAAAGCAGAAUUACUUGGCAGAAGCGUGCUAUCAUCUCAGUAGGUCUGCUCUUUAUCCUGCCUGCUGUGUUGAGCAUGCGUUGGAGAUGAAAACACAGCUGCCACACUGUGUUGUGAACACUGAUAGCUGUUGCUCGGAUAAGUUUUGGUAAAUCACAUGCAUUGUUGGUGACCUGGCAUUAUGUUGUGCAGUGUGGUUGAGGUGAUGCUCUAAAUAGCUAGCUUAAAAAAGGGUGUGUACUGUUGGUUGUAAACAUUUGGAUGGCUGUUGUGAACUUAGGGUUGAACUACCGUCAUCUUAAUAAAUGGUCUUUUGUGUGUUUGAAACAAACUUCAUUUAGCAAUAGGAAUCUGUAAGCUUUCAUGUGCCAUUAUUUCCUGAUUUUCAAAUAUUUGAAGAACUUUGAAGCUUGAUCUGUUGAUAAAAAAUAUGCUGCACAUGUAAACUGUUUUCUCCAAAUGCAUCUUGGUUGGGAAAAAAACCAAACUGGUUGCUUCCGUGAGAUUUAGAAACAUCGGCAACUUUUGUUGGAUAAAAUUCUUUUCUGAAGGUUAGAAGCCAAGUGUUUCUUCUGACCCUGAGUCUCACCUCCUGUGUGGAAACUGUGAACUCGAGACCAGUCAUCCUUUUUAACUCGGGUCGCCUGCGUGAGAUAAUCUGGAGCCUGUACAUCUUCUGAGAGGCUGAUACCAGAUGAAUACAUUUCGCUGAUUCCCCUGAGUGCCCAGGAAGGUUUGUUUUACAGGGAAAAAAAAAUGCACUGAGCAACUGCCUCCCUGCUGCACCAAACUCUGAGCAUCCAGAUGCCAGAGCAUCCCCUGACUCCAUCCACUGCUGGCAGGAUCUCGAUCGUGCUCUUUUCCUUUGCUUUUUGGCUGCUUUAACAUGAGCUGGGCAAAAGGGAAAGAAAAAACCAGGGAUUUGCUGUUUCUAUGGAGAAGGCCAUGUGCUGUAAGGAAAAUACAGAUUCUUGGGGUCAGACGUGACCCCAAGAUUUGAGUGAAACAUUUCACAUUGGCCUUUAAUUAUUGCUUUGGGCUUUGAGGAUCGUUCCCUGUGUAUUCUGAACGGAAUAAACAGUUCUCUGUAAUUUCUGUUGCCUUUAUCUUAUGUGCUUUUCUUUUUGUGAACGGCAAUGUCUUUAAACAGCCAGAUGAGCAAGCAGUAAAAUGGUUGCAUGAAACAAGUAAGCAGUACAUGGAAAAAUAAAUCAUAAAUGCUUUGACUGCUACGUUGUUAGGAUCUUUCUGUAAUUCAGUGACUUGGAAUGGGGCAAGCAGCAUGUCAAAACAUUAUAACUGUGCUCCAAUUUCAGAUGGAUCUUUAGUGAUCCUUUAAGGCUGAAAGAAUAAAGAGGCAAAACUUUAAAAUUGACACCUGCGGCUUGGAGUCAGCUGAUCUGACUGUCCAAAAGGAUAUUUUUUGCACCCUUAGCAAGCAACAGCACGUGGCAGACUUUAGAAAUGAGGCAUCUUGAAGCUGGAAAGUCGUCACAGUUGCAGCUCCAAGGCAGUAACCCAUGGGGAAGGGGUUUCUGAGCAGAUGGUGGGACAGCCCAGACCCUUGGCCUCUUCCUUCCAAGGCUGGUUGGGAAAGGGAGGCAGCGGCUGUGGAUUUGCCACCUCAGGAGAACAGCACUGCAUUGCUUUGCCGGGAACUGGAAAGAUGCUUGAUGCCUCAUUUGUUAUUGCUCCGCAUGUCUGAUUCACUGCUGAUAAUUGUAACAAGCUCUAAGAAGAAAACACGAUGGGUCCUAAUUAGAUGCUUCACUGGGUCCUGUUCCAUCCUAAAAGUCCGUAAAAGAGCUGUGAGAGCAGGCCAUAGGUCUCCACCAGCAAGAAGUGGCCAUCGUUGCGUGGCAGAUAGUGCCAACUUGUAUGUGUUUGGAGGCUACAAUCCUGACUACGAUGAGUCCGGUGGGCCAGAGAAUGAAGACUACCCGCUCUUCAGGGAACUCUGGCGGUACAACUUUGCGACAGACACCUGGCAUCAAAUGGGCACUGAAGGGUACAUGCCCAGGGAACUAGCCUCCAUGUCACUUGUAUUGCAUGGCAACAACCUGCUUGUGUUCGGGGGCACCGGGAUCCCCUUUGGGGAGAGCAACGGCAAUGACGUCCAUGUCUGCAACGUCAAGUACAAAAGAUGGGCUCUGCUCAGCUGCCGAGGAAAGAAACCCAAUCGAAUCUAUGGCCAGGCCAUGGCCAUCAUCAAUGGUUGUCUCUAUGUGUUUGGAGGAACAACUGGUUACAUUUACAGUACCGACCUACAUAAGCUAGACCUCAACACUAGAGAGUGGAUCCAGCUGAAACCAAACAAUAUGUCGUGUGACAUGCCAGAGGAGAGAUACAGACAUGAAAUCGCACAUGAUGGUCAACGAAUUUAUAUCUUGGGAGGUGGAACUUCCUGGACAGCUUAUUCCUUAGAUAAGAUCCAUGCGUACAACCUUGAAACCAACACCUGGGAGGAAAUUGCCACAAAACCUCAUGAAAAAGUUGGCUUCCCAGCAGCCAGAAGAUGCCAUAGCUGCGUUCAGAUAAAAAAUGAUGUGUUCGUUUGUGGAGGCUAUAAUGGAGAAGUGAUUCUGGGAGAUGUUUGGAAGCUGAAUCUGCAAACUUUCCAGUGGGUCAAGCUCCCAGCUGCCAUGCCGGAACCAGUGUAUUUUCACUGUGCUGCUGUCACACCAGCCGGCUGCAUGUAUGUUCACGGAGGGGUGGUCAACAUCCAUGAAAACAAACGGACUGGCUCUCUGUUUAAAAUGUGGCUGGUGGUACCCAGUCUGCUGGAACUGUCGUGGGAGAAGCUACUGGAAUAUUUCCCUCAUCUAGCAACUCUCUCCAGAUCUCAGCUUUUGCACCUUGGACUGACGCAGGGACUCGUUGAGCGACUAAAAUGAGAACAUCUCAUGCUUCUGUCCAAGACACACUACGUUCAAGAAGCCCCCUCCUGCCCCCUAUUUAUGGAUACCAUGGAUGGUCUUGCUAAGAACAUGGAGGAACCCGCUCAGCGCCUUACUCAGCAAAUACAUUGAUGCCUUUCUAGAAAUUUUUACUUUAAGUUGUUGAAAAUCCACUUCUUAUUUAUGGAUAUCUAAAUUACACCAUUAAUCAAUAAUACUCUCUGGGACUAAUCCAUAACAUCCAGCCAUCAAACUGUCAUCAGCACAUGCUUGCAACUUAAUUGGGGAGGGUGGGGAACUUUGCGAAUGUCUGAGCCCAUGCUUACACGUGGCGCAUUCAACCUAGUAUUUUCACAAGAUGUAUCUAACAGAGGACAUUCAAUGCAGAACAACAGCUGACCUGUUCUUUUGCUUUAGAUAACACUCAUCCCCCUAAUGCCCAGCUGAGCUCUCCCCCUAUAAAACCAAGAAUUCCUUCCGCUUGAAGGCUUUGCAUGUGUUUCACGGGCAUGUUCCCAUCUCUUUGAGCUUCAGAAGACGGCUGGAACGUCACACGGGGCAGUGAGCGAAGCUUUGCCUGUGCAGCUUUUCUGGUGCAGUGUGCAGUGAUUUGAAACACCCCGUGUCUGUGUCCCUCACCUUUUCAUAUUGAAAGGUUUGCUUGGAAGACUGGUUAAAAGUUGCCACUUAAUGGACUACUGUGUAGUUUACUUGGGGUGGUGAGGGGAGGGAAGAGGUUUUGCUGAAUCUUUUUUUAACCUUUUCGGCUCACAUUGCACUCUGAACAAGCUAACAGUGAAAACUCCCCCCGUAGAUUUCAGAGCUGUCUUUUAACCUGUAGUGUGUUGUACCCAGUGCUUGGGUGUGAGCUACCCAUGCCAGCUCAAGUCCUGGUUAUCAGCACCUGACUCUUAACGUGUACCAGUAAGCUUUUUGUUUUCCUUCCUCCCACACAUCACGUCAGCUUUUUUCUAGUUAGCUUCGUGUUCCUCUGGGGGUGGGGGAUGUUAUUGCUGCAUGUGGUUUUAAUAUGGAUCCUUGGAAACUCAUGGAUCACUUAUCCCAGGAAACACAGCAUCAAGAAAAGGAGAGAGGGAACAUCUCUCCCUCUUGCUGUGAGCAGUGGUCAUCUCUGCACAGGCAGGAGAGGAAGAAGGGAUGUCUGUCUAGCUCUUGUCUUGCUGUGCUUGAUAUACUGUGAAAUUUGCUCCAGAGACCAUGUGUAAGUGGCCGUCAAACUCUGAGCAGCUCCAGUGGGCUGGCAUCAGGUUUGUGCAAAAUUCUUUUUAUUUGAAGACCAUUUUUAAGUGCCUUUUUUUUUUUUUUUUUUAAAUCAGCUUUUCCUAGUACCUCUUCCCCUUCCAUCAUCAAAGGCAAGGGUUAGACUGUGGGGUUUUAGUUUCUUUUUAAGAGAUUGCAUUUAUUAUGUUUAAAUAAACCAUAGCAUUGUCUUCACAUUGUUAAUCUGAA